GGAGCUCCGGUCGGCCCCCCGGUGCGCGCGGCCCCGGGCGCUGCCUCGCCAUGGCCGCGGUCUCCUCUCCGCCUAGGGCAGAGAGAAAGCGCUGGGGCUGGGGCCGCCUGUCCGGUGCCCGGCGGGGUAGCGCGGGCCUGGCCAAGAAGUGCCCCUUUACGCUGGAGCUGGCCGAGGGCGGCGCGCCCCCCGUCGCUGCCACUGCCCCCGACCUGGGCCCACGGCCGACGGUGAGUCUGGACCCGCGCAUGUCCAUCUACAGCGUGCGCCGCCCGCUGCUGGCGCGCACCCACGUCCAGGGCCGCGUCUACAACUUCCUCGAGCGCCCCACUGGCUGGAAAUGCUUCGUCUACCACUUCACCGUCUUCCUCAUUGUACUCAUCUGCCUCAUCUUCAGUGUGCUGUCCACCAUCGAGCAGUAUGCCACCCUGGCCACGGGCACCCUCUUCUGGAUGGAGAUCAUCCUGGUCGUGUUCUUCGGGACUGAGUAUGUGGUUCGGCUCUGGUCGGCGGGCUGCCGCAGCAAGUACGUGGGCAUCUGGGGGCGGCUGCGUUUCGCCCGCAAGCCCAUCUCCAUCAUCGAUCUCAUUGUAGUCGUGGCCUCCAUGGUGGUGCUGUGUGUGGGCUCCAAAGGACAGGUGUUUGCCACCUCAGCCAUCAGGGGCAUCCGUUUCCUUCAGAUCCUGCGAAUGCUGCAUGUGGACCGACAGGGAGGCACCUGGAGGCUGCUGGGCUCUGUGGUCUUCAUCCACCGCCAGGAGCUGAUCACGACUCUGUACAUCGGCUUCCUGGGUCUCAUCUUCUCCUCCUACUUCGUGUACCUGGCAGAGAAGGACGCGGUCAACGACUCCGGCCAGGUGGAGUUCGGCAGCUACGCAGACGCACUGUGGUGGGGGGUGGUCACCGUCACCACCAUUGGCUACGGGGACAAGGUGCCCCAGACGUGGGUUGGCAAGACCAUCGCCUCCUGCUUCUCCGUCUUUGCAAUCUCCUUCUUCGCACUGCCAGCGGGCAUCCUUGGCUCCGGGUUUGCCCUCAAGGUCCAGCAGAAGCAGAGGCAGAAGCACUUCAACCGGCAGAUCCCAGCAGCCGCCUCGCUCAUCCAGACGGCGUGGAGGUGCUAUGCCACUGAGAACCCCGACUCGGCCACCUGGAAGAUCUACGUGAGGAAGUCUUCCCGGGGCCACACUCUGCUCUCUCCCAGCCCCAAGCCCAAGAAGUCCGUCAUGGUCAAGAAGAAGAAGUUCAAGUUGGACAAGGAUAAUGGGGUGAGUCCUGGCGAGAGGACGAUGCCGGUCCCCCACAUCACGUGUGAGCCCCCCGAGGAGCGCAGACCUGACCACUUCUCCACCGACAGCUACGACAGCUCUGUGAGGAAGAGCCCCACGCUGCUAGAAGUGAGCUCCCCCCAGUUCCUGAGAACCAACAGCUUCGCCGAGGACCUGGACCUGGAAGGGGAGACGCUGCUGGCCCCCAUCACCCAUGUGUCACAGCUACGGGAACACCACCGGGCCGCCGUCAGGGUCAUCCGACGCAUGCAGUACUUUGUGGCCAAGAAGAAGUUCCAGCAAGCACGGAAGCCUUACGACGUGCGGGACGUCAUCGAGCAGUACUCGCAGGGUCACCUCAACCUCAUGGUGCGCAUCAAAGAGCUGCAGAGAAGGCUGGACCAGUCCAUCGGGAAGCCGGCCCUGUUUGUCCCCCUCUCAGAAAAGACCAAGGACCGGGGCAGCAACUCCGUGGGUGCCCGCCUGCACCGGGUGGAGGACAAGGUGACACAGCUGGACCAGAGGCUGGUGGCCAUCGCCGACAUGCUGCAGCAGCUGCUGCGCCUCCACCAAGGCCGCCCCCUUGGAGGGGCUCACACCACAGGAGCUGCCGACAGGGACCCCAGCGACCCCAUGCUCUUCCUGCCUGGCAACGCACUGCCCACCUAUGAGCAGCUGACUGUACACUGCAGGGACCCUGAGGAGGAGUCCUGAGUGGCCCCGGCAGCGAGAUCCCCUCAAAGCUGUUACUCCAGCACAGGGACCUGCACUCCAGUGGUGACUUCCUUGUGGCGGUGGCCAGACUGGCUUCCUGGGGCCAGGUCUUGGGGGCUACCCAGCUAUUCCCUGCAGGAGGAUGGGUGGGGCAGGGCAGGCCCAGCCUCACAGCCAGCAGGAACAGGAGGAUGGCAACCGAGGUCCCAGGCCGCAGGAGCCCUAGUGGAACUGCUGAACCCCGGUUUGUGAGCAGGGGGCCUGUCCCUCCCCACCUCCCACCCUGCUUUGUGACUGCGGUCAUGCCAAAAUCGGGCUGCUUGGCGGUGAUGGGGUCCAUGAUUCACAAAGCUGGUCGUGCAAGCUUCCCAGUAAACAGG